GCCACGAGGUUGAACGCGGCCGAGCGCAGGACGGCAGCGGGCGGCGCGUCUCACCGACAGUGAUCCUGGCAGCGGAGGGGGCGGCAGACGCUUCCGUAGAUCGCCGCCACGAGGUUGAACGCGGCCGAGCGCAGGACGGCAGCGGGCAGCGCGUCUCACCGACGGGGGUCCCGGCAGCGGAGGGAGCGGCAGACGGAUAUCAGCCUGGGAGAGGAGACAGCAGUGAUGAGAUACGUGACAACGUGGUGAGAGUAGACGUGCCCUCGACUCUAAGUGCAGGCGAAACUUCAACUGAAAUGGUCACGCAGCAGCAGUCUAUGAGUGUAAGAGCAGCAUGGCGUCCCACGGAUAUCUCACAGCAUGCAGCUGGUGUCGUCGCGGCUCGGGGCCUGACCGAUGCAUCCCAAAAUGCAGCUGGUGCGGUCGAGGUUUGGCGCCCAUCUGAAGCAUCCCAGCAUGCAGCGGCUGGUGUCAUGGUGGCUUGGGAGCCAACUGAUAUAUCCCAGCAUGCAACUGGCGCUGUCGAGGUUUGGCGACCUUCUGAUCCUUCCCAGCAUGCAGUUGCUGGUGUGGUGGCGCGGGGUGCCAAUGGUACUUACCAGUCUACAGCUGCUGCUGUGGUGGCUAGAGGGCCAGCUGAUGCUUACCAGUCUACAGCUGCUGCUGUGGUGGCUAGAGGGCCAGCUGAUGCUUACCAGUCCACAGCUGCUGCUGUGGUGGCUAGAGGGCCAGCUGAUGCUUACCAGUCUACAGCUGCUGCUGUGGUGGCUAGAGGGCCAGCUGAUGCUUACCAGUCUACAGCUGCUGCUGUGGUGGCUAGAGGGCCAGCUGAUGCUUACCAGUAUACAGCUGCUGCUGUGGUGGCAGAAGAGGCACCUGCUACUUACCAGGCUAAAGAUGCUGUGGUGGAGACCAGAGGGCCAUCUGAUGCAUACCAGCAUGCUGUUGGUGUUGCUGUAGAGGUUUGGCGUCCCUCGGAAGUAUCUCAGCAUGCAAUGGGUGCUGGGGUAGCACUGGGUCCCAGCGAUGUUUCGCAGCAUGAAGUUGGUGCUGUCGAGGUGUGGAGCCCACGGUCUUUCACUGCAGAUGUCACGCACAGCACUUUAGAAAGCAGUCACGCAGAUUCGGAUCCGGCAAAACCACCUGAGUUUCCGCCCGAUGUGCUGGGGUCCCGUGGCGCAGUGACUGUACACGUAGACUCUUACCAACGAAAGAGCAGUGAGUGGGGCAGCCAUGACGAGGGAUCGGCCUUUGCCACAGGGCGAGCAAUGAUGACUAGCGAUUAUGCCACCACUGAGUACGUUACCGCGACAACGAGGCAGCGAGGAGAGGAGGCUGCAUCGGCCAGCCACACGGUCGAUGCAAAUACUCGACAGCAGGCUACGGUUGCCACGGCGAUUCCGACGACGGUACAGAUUGCUGCUGACCGGUCGCUCGUGGCGUCUGCACCAAACGUCGACCAGCUGACCUCGGAAUACGACAACGAAGCAAGGAGGUGGGAAAACGUGAGGCAGAGACGGCAUCGAGGCAUGAGCGCCGGCGGCUCGAGGAUCGUCGAGACGGGAAACGACCCUCCCACGCGUCAACAGCAGUCGACGAGCCUCGAUGAUGCUAGGGGGCGCCACCACGUGCUGAAGGACUCGGACGCCGCCGUCCGCUCGUCUGAGCUGCUCCCGCUCGACCUGCACGCCCCCGCGCAGCAUGGGCCCCUCGCGCUCGCAACGCCCCAGCAGCUGCCCCUCGACAGGAUCCAGAGCGUCGACGCCGCUCACCUGGGUGCGGCCUACGGUCAGUGGGUGGAGUCGAUCGCCAUGCUCAUGUCGGCGUGGCCCGAGCAUGGCCCACGGCUGCCGGGCGUCGAUGCGGCGGCAUUCCACGAGGCAUACGCAAAGUGGCAGGAGUCGGCGGCGGAGCGCGGCGGUGGCGUCUCCACCGGGCUUCGCGCUUCCUUCCCCGACGGUUCGACGCGAUUGGUGAACGCGGCGCGCGAGCUCUCGGAGGUGAAGAGCGGCGGCGAGGGGAGGUCGGCGAAAGGCAGUCAGGUCGGGAGAUCGCUGCUUGAAGCAGAGGCUGCAACGCCGCCGCCUCCGCCGCGGCACGAGGGAAAAGGAACACAGACCGAGCAGCUUGAUCCUACCGCCGCGCGCUACCCUGAAGCAACAGGAGUGCAUGUCGACGGGCGCAAGGGUAGUGGCGGAGAGCGUGCCGGAGCUAGGGUACCUGCGUACGAAGCAACACCGGAGCAAAGAGUCAUACUUGAAGAUGCAGCGGCCAAGGAGCCUCGACGAGAGAGCAGGGGCGUUGCUAGGGAAACGGAGGGACGCACGUCUGUCCCAUCAGAGGUGGACAAGGGGCGACUCGCGGACCUUCUACGUCAGCUGCUGGCACCGAGCGGCACGUUGGCCCGAGCAGACGACGGUGUGAACGAGCUGCGCACGUAUCUACACAGCCUGCUGCCGCAUGACAGUACGCGAGCUGAUACACAGCAGACGAUACCAGCUGAGUCAGACCUGCCGUCCCACACAGCCGAACGACGGCCACAGGGACAGCAGGAUGCAGGUAGCAGAGAGCUACAGGACAUGAAUGGGAGACAUCCACCAGUACAGAUGGACAUGAAUGGGAGACAUCCACCAGUACAGAUGGACAUCAGUAGCAGAGAGCAGGCGAAGGCUGGUCCCUCACGCAGCGGUGGGCCGCCCCGAGUCGUCGACCGGGCCGUGUCGCCCGUGACGACGCUCCUGAGCGGCUCCGCGGCCCGCCCCACCCGCGGCAUGGACGGCGACGACCACGGUGACGUCGACGCCAUGACGGGCGGCGAGCUACGAAGCCUGCGCGCGCGGCUCCUCGAGACGGCCGCCAUGUUCUACGACGAGGUGACGGCGGACGCGCCCCUCGACCUAUCCGGCGACGCGGAGGAAGCCGGACUAUCCUCGCUGCGUGCGCAGACAGGGGGCGCACCGCUGCGGCCCGAUGCGCAAAGUUCCGCCCCUCAGAGGGGUCAGCACCUCGACGAAUCUAUUCGGAAUGACCCGGCCCUGCAAAGGGGUCAGCGCCUCAACGAAUCCAGUAUGACUGACCGGGCCCCGAGAAGGGGUCAGCACCUCAACGAAUCCAGUUUGAAUGACUCGGCCCCGAGAAGGGGUCAGCACCUCAACGAAUCUAGUCUGAUCGAGUCUGUCUACGACGAGUCGCCGCUGACGGAUGAGUCAUUGUCGCGCGAUCUCUCCGACAUCCGCCAGGCCGUCGAGUGGAGCCGCCAUGUGAGGGGCGGCUGGUACGAGGUUCCGACCGCGAGCGACCUCAAGCGGUGGCUCCACCUGCUGGCGCGCGUCGAGCGUCUGCGGGCGCUGCGGGUGGGGGAGGACGCGACGAGCGAGGCUGGCAGCAGCAGCAGCGACGCGUCGAGGGUCGCGCAGGCAGCAAGGGUCGCGCAGGCAGCGAGGGUCGUGCAGGCAGAACGCGACAAUGCCGUUAUGAAGCGGCCGCGAACACGCGCCGCCCAGCCUGCCUACGACGCGUCGCCGGAGCCGAGCAGCGACGGUGGCGCCCCUGUUGCAGGGGACGGGUCACCGGGCGAGCGUGCGGCUGUGCGUGAGUACCGGCGUGAGCUGCGGCUGCUGCGUCACAUCCUGGAGGCACGGCGGCCGGGCGGCGGCAGCGAGGUCGACAGCAGUGAACUCGGCUCCGACGUAUCACACGGGUCGUCGCUGCUGCGCGACCUCAAAGAGGUCAAGCAGAACCGCGAGCGCCGGCGCCACCUACCUGCCGCGGACGACGGCCGAGACGGUAGGAGCGUCGGGAGCCGGGGCGGUGGGUUGGAGGAGGGAGAGCGGCCGCCGCUGGCCGACGUCAUGGCCCUCAUCACCGAGUGGAAGAACGUUCCUAGCAAGUCGGCGCCGCAGCGGAAGAAACCGGCGCCCUCUGGUGGGGUCAACGAGAACGUCCGUGAACGCUCGACCGACGCAAAGCGGCCGCCGAAGACAACUGAGCGUUCGGACGUGGAUAAGGAACCGCUGGCGUGGUUUGUGCCGAUGACUAGUGACAGAGUACCGGAGAAGGUGGCGCCACCUAGGAGAGCGGAACCACGGCGGUCAACCUCUAAGACGUCGGCGUCGGAUAUCAUCAGUCUGUUUGGAUUGCCUGAGCGAAACCGAACACUGCAGGAGGCGCUGGUGCUUGCCAAACCCAGGUUCGUGUUCAGCUCGCGGAAACGACAGAACCUAAUCCUGAUGAAUGCCGUAGUGAGGAAGCGAAUGAUCCAGCAGCGCCGCCUGGCGGCAGCAGCAGACGCCGCGGCAGCCGACAGCAACCAGCAGGAUGUCCUUGAGCCGAGGAAACGAUCAGGUGCCACCGUGCUGUUCUUCGCAGAUGAUCCGUUCCGCAUCAGCCGUGUGAUCUCGGAGAAGGAGAUGAAGUUGCGGACGCAGCGCGUCUACCGGCAGCUGCCCGAGGUUGUCUCCAAGAAGGCGAGCCUGAAGCGCAAGGAGGAGUACGUCACGAACCGCAUACGUGCCGCCACGUUCAAGAGCAAUAUGAAGGGCCGUGUCGUGAAGGGCUACGUAAACUGGUCGCUCAACAGUCUGUGUGAUGCAUGAGAACUGCUCAGUCUGCAAUAUUUUAUUUUUAAUUAAUAAUUAUAAUUAAUUAUAUUACGUUAUACGUCUAUUGUAUCUAGUAUCUAUUAUAGACUAAUUCUUGUGUUAUAUAGGUGUCACUGGGCAUUGUGUCAUAAGCACUUUUUGUGCAUAUAAUGACGAUUUGCCAGUUGGUUUUACUUGUCAAGCUUACUUUGGGUAAGUUGGCUUUUGCAGAAUUGAUAACAUUUGUUAAGAUUUAUUAACGAUGACAAGUUACGUUGUAAUACUAACCAACAACUAGCAUUCCCUCACUUAUUGUAUUAGUUAAACAAAUUAUAUCUUAUUAGACUCAAACUAGUAUUAGCAGAAUAAAUCGAUGAUUAAUAUGUUAUUUUGAUGCCUGUUCCCAUCCCGUCAAGUAGAAACGCAUUCACGGUGUUUUACCACAGAUUUCAUUUGCAAUGUGCAGUGGCAGCAGUGAUGGCAACUGCACAUUCUUUCCUGGCAUAGUCGCCUUCCAGUUCCAUGCCAUGUUGCCUUAGCAAACAGUAUCAUAAUUGGCAGAACUCGUUUUCCUAACUUGAUGUAUCAACUUGAUGUAGUUUUGCCAGUUGUAACGUGAGAAAAAGUUGGUACAUGCCUGCGUUAAUCAGGUGAUAUAACAUUCCAUCACGUACUCUUAUUUACAACUAAAUAUGUGUGAGACUGUAGAUGUCUUUGCAAUAAAGUCUGGUAGGGCUGAGAUGCCUGCGAUUGUA